AUGGCCGACGAUGGAAUGCUCCUGAACUUUGAGAUUGGCGAUGCGCCUCUCGUCAGCCAGGUCAAGUUCAAGGGCGGCCGCUGGAGAGACCGCGUUAAAGCCAACAAGUCGGCGAAAGCCGCAUCGCAAGGAGGCCCCGAGCCAGCUGCCAAACCACGAGCGCCCUAUGAUCCGAAUCGACCUACUAAAAGACCACGAGGUAACGACGAUAGCAGCGAUCACAGACCGGCGAAAGCGCCCAGGACAAGUGACAUCCCCUGGGUGCCAACCCACGCCAUGAAGACCGGUCUUGUCUCUUCAAGCCUGUUCACUUCGAUCCCCACCGUCGUGACCAAGUUCGACGAAGAAGCGCCCGCCGAACCCGCCGAGCCGGCAAAACCUUCCAAUGCGCCCCUCAGCGAAGAAGCAGAGAACUUUCACACACUCGGCCUGGCGAGACGAGUAGCCCACCACCUGGCCACCAAGCUUGAGAUGAAAGCCCCGACGGCGAUUCAGAAGAACACAAUUCCCGUGCUUAUCAAAGACGACAGCGAUGCGUUCCUUCAAGCAGAAACCGGUUCCGGAAAGACGCUGGCGUAUCUGUUGCCCAUUGUUCAUCGAAUCAUGGAGCUCAGUAUGAACGAGGACGGCACUCCCAAAAAGGAUGCCAAGGUACAUAGAAAUUCGGGACUCUUUGCGAUCAUCCUUGCGCCCACAAGAGAACUCUGCAAGCAAAUCUCAGCAGUCCUCGAGAAGGUUCUCAGGUGCGCGCCAUGGCUAGUCUGCACCACUGUUAUCGGUGGAGAGAGCAAGCAUUCGGAAAAGGCGAGGUUAAGGAAGGGUGUCAACAUCUUGGUUGCGACUCCAGGAAGACUGACGGAUCACUUGGAUAAUACAAAGGUGCUGGAUGUAGGAACUGUGAGAUGGUUGGUGCUGGACGAAGGCGACAGGAUGAUGGAGAUGGGUUUCGAGGACGAUAUCAAGGCGAUUGUUGGCAAAAUUAGGGCGGACAAGCUUGCAACCAAGAACUCUGAGGGGCUGGUACUGGAUGGAGUGCUGCCAAAGAGGAGGGUCACGGUUCUGUGCUCGGCUACCAUGAAGAUGAACGUUCAGAAAUUGGGCGAGAUCAGUCUGGAGGAUGCGGUGCACAUUACCGCUUCCAAGUCGGAGAUGGAAAAGGAUGCUGCGGAAAACAGUAGAAGCACUGAGUCUGCUUUCACAGCGCCUGCGCAGCUGAAACAGUCGUGUAUCAUUGUGCCAGCCAAGUUGAGGCUGGUCACAUUGAUUGCGUUGCUCAAGUCGACAUUUGCGAGGAAGGGGUCGGUUAUGAAGGCAAUCAUCUUCAUCUCUUGCGCUGAUUCGGUCGACUUUCACUACGAGGUCCUGAAAGACACCGUGACGGUCGAACCACCACCACCAGCCCAAGAGGGUGACGCACCAGCAAAAAAACCGGAUGUUCACAUCGAAACCACGGUGGCACCGGCUGCCUAUAUCACCUCACCCGCAAACACCAGGGUAAUGCUCCAUAAACUUCAUGGUUCCCUGGCGCAACCGGUUCGCAGUGCUACUUUAAAGGCUUUCUCGGGGUGCAAGGAUCCGGCUGUUCUCAUCACGACAGACAUUUCAUCUCGUGGUCUCGAUGUGCCGGCCGUCGACCUGGUUAUUGAGUACGAUCCCGCCUUUGCGGUGCCUGAUCACGUUCAUCGCAUCGGCCGUACCGCCAGAGCUGGUCGUUCUGGUAAAGCGGUUCUCUUUUUGCUCCCUGGUCCUGAGGAAGGAUACACCAGCAUCCUGCCAUCCUCCGCCACCAUAACACCCCAGCUUUAUGAAUCAAUCUUGCAGAAAGGCUUUGCCACGAAUGUCAACCUUCCAGCCUCCUCACAAACAAACAAUGCCGAGACGGAAAGCAACAAGCGGGAGACGUGGGCCACUCGUGCCGAGGCUCUUCAGCUGCAUUUUGAACAGCGUCUUUUGGCGCCCGCGCCCGGAUUCGAGGAUGCCGAGGAAGGACCCAAAGGCCACAAGGGUAAAUUCAGCAAGACCGGCGGAAAGAAUAGGCAGCCAGUGAAGAAGGACAACCCCUUGCUUGAUGCCGGCAGACAAGCUUUCAGGUCUCACAUCAGAGCUUAUGCCACUCACGUCCGCGAAGAGAGAGUCUACUUUGACAUGACGCAACUGCAUCUUGGACACAUGGCCAAGGCGUUCGGUCUGCGCGAGGCGCCCGGUGGCAUUGGAUCGGGUAUCUCGAGGAGGACACACAAGUUUACGCCAGCUACCAACGGGCAGAAGGGUGGUGGGGCUAGCGCUUCUGGGGCUGCCAAACCUAGCGGUGGCAGCAAGAGCAAGUUUGAUGAUGACGAGUUUGGCCAGGUGGAUGAGGAUGCGGCUAAGAGGAUGAAGGCCAAGAUGAAGAUGUUGUCGAUGAACUCGGCAAGCGAGUUCAACCUCGGGUGA